AUGUCGAUUACUCAUGUCGUUCUCUUCCAGUUCAAAUCAAGUGUCACUGCUGAAGUAAUCAACGAUGUUUGCUCCCGCAUGCUUGCCCUCAAGGACGAUUGUCUUCAUCCAUUGUCCCAGAAGCCAUAUAUCAAGUCGUCGUCCGGUGGGAUAGAUAACUCAAUUGAAGGAAUUCAGAACGCAAUUUCGCACGCCUUUGUCGUGGAAUUCUCCAGUGCCGCGGAUCGAGAAUAUUAUGUCCGCAAUGACCCUGUACACCAAGAAUUCAUUCAGAGUGUCGGUGGUCUUCUUGAAAAGGCUCAAGUUAUUGAUUUUACGGAUGGAAUAUUCGAAAACUAG